AUGACGGAUGAAGAUGUCUAUUACGUUGGAAAUUUGAUCCUUAAUGGUACGGGUGAUGGACAAUCGCCACAAAUUCUAACUUUAGUACCAAUGCCUCGAAGAGUAAUGGCACCUAAUUAUGCACGUAUGCAAAUUAGACGAGUUGAAAUUGUGCGGAAUUUCGUUGCUCAGCAAAUUGAAGCGAUCCCAGAAAAUACAAUUACUAGAAGAUUAAUACAAUUAGAGAGGAAUGAAAAUGAUCAUUCUCAGCAUGGAUCUGAACAACAACGUCGUAGUCGAAGUGAGCAACGGUUACAUGGAAGUGAAGAAGGUUUGAGAAGAAGAAUAAAUGGUGCUAUCAGGAGAAGUUCCAUUGCAGCUUCUAGAAUGGGAUUCAGAAGGAGAUCUAUGCUUAGAGUUAGAGUUAGAUCACUCUCACCAAGUUCAUCCAUUCUACAAACUGCAGCUGCAUCACAACACCAUAUCAUGAACGAAGAUGAUGAUGAAGAUUUGAGCUGUAAUUUACUGGGAGCAGUUCGUUGCUCUGGUAACUGUGAUUCGAUGGCGAAGGAAAUAUCGGUUGCAAUACCCAUGGAGGAAGGCGAUCCACUCGGAGCAGUUCCCAAUGAUAAACUUAUCAUUGUUAAGGUUCAACCGGGAACACUCGCAGAAGGAAAUCUUAAGAUUGGUGACCAAGUAUUGAAACUGAACAAUACCGUUGUUCGAGAUUGCGAUCAUUUCUUUCAGCUACUUCGUUUUGCGCCUCCAUGUGCUACCAUAACUUUGGUGAGAGAUGAAAAGAAGGCAGCUGAACUUGAAGCCAAAGUUCACAUACCUCCCGAUCGGGCCAAAUUAAUCACGCGUCGUGAUGGAUACAUGUAUUUUGUAGCUCGGAUUGAGUGGAAACCUGGAGGUCCAAGACUUGGUCUCGGCAUCAAACACUAUCAAAAUCGUGUGCUGGUUUCUCGAUGUGAUCCAGGUUCAUUGUCAUCGCAACAGCUUCAGGUUGGGGAUCAUUUGAUUGAUAUCGAUGGUCAUCCGGUUACUGAUAAAGAUGUAUGUCGUGAACUUCUCCUGAAGUGUCUCCAGGCAAACCGUUCCGUAACAACCAUUGUAGAACGUCCGGAAACACUGGAAGCUAGAUACUGGGUGCAAAAUGCACUUGCAGCUUCAACCGCUCAAGCUCCAUCAGUUGCAAUGAAUAGCGAUGUACGCGCUAUUGCAGCUCGAGAACGGCAGAAAUUGCAAAAAGCCAUUGCGCCAAAGAAAAGUUGUUUACGGAAAAGCAGUUCAACCGGAAAACGCGUGAUAAUCGUCGAGGGUAAAGCAACGGAAUUCAUAAUUGCCAGUGAUAAUGAAGGCAAAAGUCUUCGUCAUGUUCGCAAAUAA